AUGGAGAGAUAUCAAAAGAUAUGCAAAGAGAAUAGAGAGCCUGUUGAAUUUGUUGACCAAAACCCUUUCGUCAUCGUGCUGGUGGACGUUAAAAGAAUUCAAUUCCAACAUGAUCUACUGCAAGGCCGGCAUGGAGGAUACGAAGCUGCUCGAAGGCUAGAAGAAGGGGUUAAAAAUUACUUGGCAGGCACGCCUCUUGGCCAGCGGAGUGUUCCUGUUCUAGUACAAAUUUUUGCAGAUAGCGACAACCUUGCUGGAACGUUCCACUCGGCACCAGCGACCGAGUCAGACACAUACAUGCACAUGUUUUGCAAGCAGCUUACUACAGGUAUACUGUAUUCUGGCAUUAGCGGCGCCUGGCAAGAGAAGAGCAGUGCAAAUUUUAGAUCACUCAAGGACAUGCUGGACCACUACUACAGGAUCGUACAAUGCGAGAAAAUAUUCAUUGCCGGUUUUCAUCAGAACGACCAUAGUACCAACUUGCAAUUUUAUGGAGCCGACCAAGAUGCUGGCAAGAAAAUCGUCCUCAUUGAGACAGCGCCAGCCGACUCGGCUCAACAACGGCUUCAGCUUCCUGCGACGCAAUUUGAUGCGGUUUUUUGUUACAAGACCUCGAGGCAUGAUGACUAUCCAGUCUCAGCCAUACUGUCGACGCCAAAGAAUACACAGCCAAGCAUCAGACCGACUGAGUAA